AUGUUUGCCGAUGAUCAGGAAUUGUGGAAAUCAAUAGAGAAGUCGGAGCACUCUCUACAGUUACAAAGCAAUCUGCAUCGCUUGCAACAAUGGUAAGUGUUGUUUUAACUUCAAUCGUAACAAAUGCCAACUUAUCCUAUUACCAUCUAGCAACAGGAAGUCGUUGCGAUUUGAAUGUCUCUACUCUAUACGAGGUCACUAACUCGAAUCAGUCAACGAAUUAACGGAUCUCGGUGUGUACAUGACGUCAACUGUCAAACCAUCGACUCACUGUACCAAGGUAUCGAAGAAGGCUAUAGGUAUCCCAGGCACGACUAGGAGACCCAUCCUGAAUGUUGACGUACAACUAUUCGGACGAGUAUUUGGAACAUUUGUUCGGUCAGUGUUGGAAUAUUGCUUUCAGGCAUGGUGUCUCUGAACGAAACAAGAUUAAACUCUUUGGAGAACGUACAAUAAAAGCAACCAAGUUGGUCAGCGGAUUAAGUUGCUUACAUUUUGAGAGACGUCUGGAAAUGCUCAAACUAUUUCCUCUCUCUUAUGGACAAUACAGAGCGGAUAUGAUCAUGGCCCUCAGAAUCGUCCGAGGGCUACACUAUGCUCUUCAGUUUGGCGUUUUUUCGAAAUGGCGCGAACGGCCGAUCUUCGAGGCCAUCAAUACAAAUUGAAGAUUAAGUAUGCCAAGCUUGAAGUGCGGACCAACUUAGUCUUCCACCAGCUGGCUUAAGAAUGGAAUGAGUUGCUCAACUUCUUUGUCUUGGCAGAAAGCUUGAAGCGUCCAAAAAAAAGACUCGAUACACUUGCGCUUGAUGGUCAAAUAUUUACUCGAUAUCAAUGACUGGCACAACUGUUAUAUAAGUAUCUGCAUGUCCUUGUUCAUAAGUCUAGCUGUAAAUAGGGUUUUCCAGGGCUCUGCUUAUAUCCCUCAUAUAUACUGAAUUAUACUUAAUAAAUAUACCUCGUCAGUUCUGUUUUUGUCUUUUACUCCAUUAGUUUGCAACAAAUGCCCGUGGGACUCACCACCCUGAGGCUGUUUAAUGAAGUCCUUUCUUCCCUUUAAGUGUGAAGCUUAUGUUGGCUAGCUCCCAGUCAAUAGUUAAAGUUCUCGGCUCGAUCGAGGAUCUUGAAGAUGGGGGAGGCCAGCUGGUCCGCGCGUCCAUUCAGAACUUUGGAGGGCAUACCAUGAAUACCAUGAGAUUUAGAGAGAUGCUGCUGUUUCGGAGUUCUUUCUUCCGCGUCUCUUCUAAACGGUACCAUGCCAAAUGUAUCUCUGGACAUGUUAUUUUGUCGGUAUACUUUCUCAUCAAAUGUGGCUCCUCGGUAUACACGAGCAUUGAGAAGUUGGAUAAGAGAUACGUCUUCUCUGAGCUAUCGGAUAAUUUUUCCCUGCAACUCUUUAAACUAGGAAUGACGUACCAAUUUGUUUCGCUUUAUUCAUGUAUACUAAGACUUUUUUCGGACUUUUCGAUAUUCUGUUGACUAUCGCUGACAUAAGUGCUGCUCUUUCUCUCCUAAGGAUAUUACGACACCUAUUUUUCUGUCUCUUAGAUUUAGAGAAACGUUCGACCUGUUCGUAUGUAACAUAACUCCUCCACAGUCUCCUUCUCUUCUUCAGAUUCCUUUUUAUUUCUGUUUCCACCUAGUCGAUUUGGGGGGACGAACGACUACCCUCGAAGCGGAAAAAGCUCUCUACCAAGAACUGAAUCGCGUUCUUAAAGAAAAAGCAGACGGCGUUUUAGUCCAGUACAUUACAGCGUUUUAGUCUGCCUCACUUAGUAGUUUUUUAUUUUUGAAUAAUUCCCUUAGACAAUAUUUUUUUCUCUACUGCUACAAUUUCGGGAACAGAAAAAUGACUGUUCUCCCAAACCACGACCAACCUCCGCCGUCACCCGUUUAAACUGCGCACUCAGCAGGCAAGGCUGGAUGAGCAGUAGUUCUCCUUCUCUGUUCGAGUGGUCAAACCAUGGAAUGCCGUUUCCGCAGAUGUUGUGAUGUCACCAUCUAUACAAAGUUUCAAAAAGAACCUUGACAUAUUUAUGUUCCGAAAGGACCAAGAGCGAGGAGAAGUCGACCUUAUUCCCAGUAAUUCGUUUCAUUUUUGUCCAAAUAUUAUGCGCUCGUUUGAACUAUUUCAACCCAGAACAUUUUUCUGUAUACCACAUACUUUUACAUUGCAAAUAGGGCACUUAUAGGGCUUACGCCUAUUUCCCCCAGUAAACUGAACUGAACCGAACUGAAAAAAGAAAGCUAGGGUCAUUUCGGCCAAGUGGCGUUUUAGAACACAGUGCAUAGAUCAGUUGUCAUCCAGAGUAGUGAUAAGAUGCAAACAGCUUGACUGUUGUUCAUUUUGGAAUCGCACGUUCAUUGUAACGUGCUGAAAAGGAAUUCUUCAGUGACCAACAGAAGUGGUUUCUAUCAGAAUGAGUCUUCCGAUCCUUUGUAGCGUAUCAAUUCCCGGUCAAUUUCGUGAGAGUUGAAAUGUCAUACUACUAUUACACGUUUGCCACGGCAGAUUUGUUUCGCCUCAGUGGCGAGUGCAUCAUCAGUAUCCUUCCACUGGUCUGGGGACCUGCAUAUAAGGCACUAUGGACGUCCGGUUCGGUUUGACACUCCCAAUUUACAAAUAAGGAUUUGGCAACUAGUGUUCCUUUUUGGUGAGGACCCACCUUGUCAUCCCGAGCAAUCAACGCCAUUCCUCUACCUCUACGUCCAUUUCCAUCCAUACGCAUACGCUAAAAUCUAUCCAGUGUGACUUCUUCGUCCGCUCUCUGCUCAGUUAACCAUGUUUCAGUUAGGGCUAUAAAAUCAGUUUGAAAAUGGACCCCAAUCAAUUUGGUUUAAUACAUUUUAUUGGGUAGUCUCUGAAUGUUAUUGUACAUUAGUCAUAUUUUUGUUCUCUUGAUCCUUAGACAAAGUUUGAUGGUCAUUAGUGCCUGACAAUUACUGCCACAUAUUUCGCAUGCCAUUCAGUCAGCCGUCUGGGUUCAAAUCUACAAAUGUUUGAUUGAAGUGAUGACCAUUUUCGCUAUCUCAAAUUUCACCAAAUGAUUUCAUAGAUUCAGACACUCCGUUUUAUGAUUUCGUUAACUAUUAUUUCCAAAUUUCAGCUAGGAUAACCAUGUAAACAUUUAAAACUCAAGUCCGGCAAACGUACACGUUCGACUAUUCAUCAUCAGGCCUGCGUAGUAAAAUAAGGGCAGAAUAGCAAAGGUUGAACGACCGAUAACGGUCUGUAUGGAGGAGACGGUAGAGGGACGUCCAGUGGCCAGGCGUCAAAUUCUAGUGCUGUCAGAGGCUUAGGGGGGGAAGGGGAUGGUGUCUAUUAAUUAGCUCUAAGCCUCUGACAGAACUAGAAUCUGACCCAUGACCACUGAGCGCCUAUCAACCCUCACCCUAUACUGACUUUUAUUGGCUGUUCAUCUUUUGCUAUUCUGCCCUUACUUAUUUUACUGUACAGGUCUUCUGAUGGAUAAUAGAAAGCGUACGUCUGCCGGACUUGACUUCUUAAAUAUUUUCACACCUGUUUCUUCCUCCAUUUUACACCCUUUGAGUUUUGUUACCAGUAUCCUCCCUUUUAAUUCGAACGAUGGGAGACAAAUCUAACCCAAAAGAGCUCUCCAUAACGACCGUUUCGUAGUCUGGACUUUCGAUGCAAGGUGAAAUUUGCCUGCUGUUAGCUUCCCAAUACGACUUUCAGCGGUCUUGGUCUCACCUACUAUGCGCUUUUCCUAAUUAGACGCCCCAAACUGAUGACCUUUUGUGGUUCAACCACUUCACCGGAUACUCGAUUUUUAUUCGGUCACAUUCGGAACGCCAAAAGGUCGUGUUUAACUCCCAACUUUGGGGUUUCUCCAGGAGCAACCGGAACCCCUGAACUACCAGAUAAAGUGAUAUUUCAAGAAAAAGAAACUGUGCCUCCAUCCUGUUUUCUUUUAUUAAAGAUAAUUUAGAUCACAGACUUUGUUGUUGCCUUUAUUACUGUGUUCACAUUGCCCUCGAACGUUGAGCCUGGAUGUUGCGUCUCAAAAGUCGCCUUGAUCUUUCAACCUGAAGCAAUUCUACUAACAGUCCGAUCAUUCAAAAAUAAUAUGAAAACAACUAAUCUGCUUUCGGACGUUAAACUCGGCAAUAGACCGAAUUUCACCUUUAGAAACUUUGAAGUAAUUGUUGAUUAAGUGUAUACUUCAGCAUUGUGACGAUGGAGAGAAUAUUUAUCCUAAGGUAAACCGAACAAUAUGGAGAAGAGAGAAACAUAGUUCCCCAAAUGUGAGAAGUGGUGCCAUUCGUAGCUCCAUUCCCCGAUUGCCACUUAAUUGCGACUGACACUGCUCAACGCCAGCAUUAUAAAAACCUGUUCAGAAAUAUCCACGAUUAUGAUUAACUGUUGUCAUUUCAUGAGCAGCAGUUUUCUUUUUCUCCUGAAUCCUCAAAACUAUAAAAACCAUAAUCAGCUUUAUAGCUAUUUUUGUGUCAGGAGUUCUUUUCACUGUUGCCGGAUUUGUGUUUAACUUUUCCCUGAUAAUGCCUAUAAGCGGACAUUAAACACAGUUAUUACUAUUAUUAGUAUCGUGGAAAGAAUUGCAGACCAGGUAAACCUUACUGGAUCAAGUAUCAUGUGCUUUGGCAUACUGACGCCUGACUUGCAGAAACUUCGUUCAUUCGGAAGUUUAGGAUGCCAUUAACAGCUGACAUUAUAUUUCCGGUGUUAAACAAAAAAUCCGUGCAGCUCACUCUUGAGAGAGUACACUUAAAAAGUGCCGAAUAGUCUGCGGUUAGCGGUUUGGUAGUUUAAAGUGGCUCACUGACACCUGGUGGUUCAGAUGGAACUAGGAAUGGACUAUAACGUCAUGAACAGAUUUUUCCAGGCCGAAAUUCAAAAUCAUGCUGAAUUGCCCGACGUCUUCGAAGGCUCAGACUCUAGUUUUAUAUCGCUGAAACAAUCUCCACAAUCUUCUUCAGCGUCUCUUACGGCCUAGCCGCUCCUUGAGUUCGAGUCCUGAGCAGUCACUUCGUUAUUAUCCAGCCUAGUAAAGAGUUAGUCAGGCACUCUGUAGGACGAUGGAAUUACAUUAUUUUACUGUAUUCAGAAGCGUCGGAAUGCGAACUGAACGAUCUAGAGCAUUUUCACACGCUCGAGAACUCAAUUCUGUUCAGCCUAUUCUUCCAGAUCCCCCCUGUGGGUCCGCCGGAGACCCCGAGACCUGUUGGCGCUCCACCACGCUCAUUAGGUUUUAAUCAAAACAGAAAAGAACAGAAACAAAAGUCAAAACUCACACCGUUCAGUAAAACAGAGCGGGGUCGGAUCACCUGUAACGCCCCACGACCUUUGCAUGAUUAUUUGAAUGAAGAAACACUUUUUUGGCUCGCGGACCUUAAAUGGUGAUGGUGUAACAGCGUGAUGACGAAGAUGGCCGGUGUCCCUUCCUUUCACUUCCGCCGACUCCUUUUCUCACAACUUACCGUUAGGUUGGCAUCGCUCUCUCUCUCCCUCUCUCUACUCGGGCACCUCUCUUGGCCAUCGCCUGCAGUUGUCCACAGCGCUGAGGUCCCCACCGGUUAAUUAGCUGCCAUGUCGGUGUCGCCUCUCCAUUCAGACAGGUUACUCCACUGCUGUAACUAAUUCUGUUUGUAUAAUUAACUAUUAUUAUAAACAUUUCCAAUUCCCAUGUCUUUCCCAUAUAUCUUAUCGCAGAUGGGCAUCGCGACAUGCUAACAACCCUAUGCAGGUAGACUUAAGUCAGGAUCUCUUCCUAGUGUUUCGCCACUUUGAUGUGUGCGGACCCAUAACGUACUCGGCCGCUACACUCCUCCUGCAAUCGGCUAAAUAGCCUGUCUCGGGGGAAACAACAAGGUCGAACGGGAAGAGAAAGUAACCCAGGCACCAAAAAAGCACCGGUGGUAGUGUAAAAAACCAAAUGGGAGAACUUGAGAAACAAAAUAAGCUUCGAGAUAAAAUGAUCUUAGAAAAAAUACGAUCAUUUGCACGAUUUCGGAGACUGCAACUGAGUAGUCGUUGCAGGUCCCGUUAACAAGGUCAGCGCCACCUGAAUAACUGGUCAGUCGUCUCAUUCUUCCCAUGUCCUAAUCAUAGCCAUAACACUUAACCAAAACAUGGUAUUAUCCAUGAGGAUAAAACUCAUAAUGAACCUAACUCCAACCAAACUUUCAAGCCAAUUCUAACUAUAAUUCUAACCCAACCCCUGUAAACAGCCCUCAACUUAACCCCAAAGAUAAUUCAGCCGGAAAUUCGUUUGAACUCACUGGUUUAAAAUUACUUCAGCUAGUGUCAUUGUUGAGAGUCAAUGUGGCGGCCGAAGACGUCAAGGGUAGCACACACCAAGGUAGCAAAGCACUAGAAAGAGAUCCUGGCCAAGAGCGAUCUGAAUGGAGUUGUUAGCUCGUCGUGAUGCUCAUUUGCACGCAAGGGAAGGAGGAACGUCAAGUAGGCGAAAAGGUUUAGUGGAAAGAGUUUGGAAUUAGAAAUACAUAUGAUAAUAGUCAAUUUCAUAAGUAGGAAGAGUUACAGUAAUGGACUAACCCGUCUGGAUGGAGAGGCGAUACCGGCAUGCCAGUUAAAUAACCGGAGAAGUACGCAGCGUUGUGGGCAACUGCAGGGCAGGACCGAAGGAGGUGCUCACGUAGAGAAAGGGAGAGAGCGACGAGGACGUGACGAUAAGUUGGGGGAGGGGGGUCAUGAAAAGUGAGAGCUAGGGACACCGGCCAUCUUCACCAGCACUCAGUCACGCCAUCAUCAUCCCAGGUCCGCGCUCCCAAAGUGUUCUAUCAUCCAAACAUCCCAACAACAGUCGUGAUGCUUUGCACCAAGAAUAGUCUAAGAAAACAAGCAGAAAAGAACUAACUAAUCAAUAAACAGGCCUGGAGAGCCAGUAGAGAAACCGCGGCUGCCGGCGACCCUAUAAGAUCCCCGGCGAGUGGGACAUUGCCCAUUGCACCUUGUACCGUAGGCAAAUUAGCAGUUUUCACAGUGCACUAUUAUCCUACGUAUUUUAUUGCUUUUGUUUUCGUAUUACGAUCUGAUUUUUCCAUAACUUGUUUGGCUCUUUGUCAGAGAUCCAUAUCUUUGAAAAGUGGUUUAACUUUCUUAUGUGCAGAAGUCUAUUGUGCGCACGACAAACUGUUAUAUCUCACAUUACCGACAUACCCAUAGCAUACGCAUAUCCGCAGCGGCCGAAGUCGUUGAGGAUAAUACACGGGGUAACGGGAAGCGGUGGAAUGACUCCUGGCUUUGGACGACCACGUCAUCCAGACGAUAAGGUAAAAGAAGAAUGUGCCGAACGCAAAUAUUUAUAAUAGGAACGGGUGGUAAUUUUUUGCAUGUAGCAAUAGCUGAUAGUAUAAGGAUGAAUUCAAUCAAGGAGGUGGCCCGUCUGGAUGCAGAGGCGAAGCCGACACGCCUGCUAAACAACCGAUGGAGGGGUGCAGCGCUGUGGGCAGCCACAGAGGAGGAUCGUGGGGGGCGCCAAAGUAGAUUGUGCGGGACGGGCGGCACGACAAAAGGCGUAAGAAGAGAAACCGACAAACAUAGCGAUCAUAUUCGUCGAUUUCACUUUCGGUACGCUGGAUUUGAAAUCGGGUGAGUAUAGACAGUAGGCGUCUGACAUGCGGGCGCUAGGGUAGGCAACUAAUGCAAAAGAUAGUUACCUCUCCGCACAUUGCCGUUGGUUAACACUGGUAGUACGAUUCUGCCCGAAACGGUUAAAUUCGAUGCUGGUUGUAGCCUCCCUGAGAAAUGGAUUGUCGCGUCUCCAAAGAUCUCGGCCACUGGUUGUGUAUUGUGUCAACUAUUUCCAGAGGUGAGUAUAGAUAGUCAUCUGCGAAAUGGUGUCGGCUCUGAAGUUAGCGAUCGUAUACUAUUGUGGUGUCGUGGUCUGUACGUUCCACUACAGGCCAGUGAUUAUGGGUAUCUUCAUUGAUUAGCGUUUGCCUGGCUAACCGCGUUGCUGGUCAAUUCAAUUUCAUCGGGAUAGGAACCGGAAUGGUGCGUUAGCUCCAGCAUGUUGUAGCUUCGGAUGGAUUUGCAAAUGAAGAGGUCCUGUUGUUCCAUUUCCCGUCCUCUGAUUACCUGAUCUUCAGCGUCCUUCGUGUCCUUUAAAUAUCUAGCGCGUUGUGGUUGGAAUAACUAGCGAAGGGCUCGUCCGGCUGAAAAAGCCAAUUUAUCAUAAAAAACGUGAUUAGAAUUGAAGAUUUUGUGCUGGACUCUGAGUAGUGUUUUUUUAAUAAAGCAAAGCAGUCCACUUCUUCCAGACUAAUUAGUCUGGGAGACCAUUCCAUUAAUUGCAGAUCAGAAGGUAUCAGGAUCAAGAGUUAGGGGUGGAAUGUUAACGUCAGAACUAAAAAUCGUAUAUGUAGACGGAUGUAAGCCCAUCGAAAGUCGUUUUGCACAAUUCAGUUCAGAACAGUUAAUAACUUUUUUCGUCUUCGUUUCGAGGAUUUAUUUCGGAAAAAUGGUGGGUGGAAUGCCGUUAAUGCGGGACUAGGCAAACAAAACUUCUGGCUUGCGUUGGAGGUUGUGUAACUGGCUGUGAUAUAAUGAUAUCCACUUCUGCAGGUGCCGCGCGCAUAUAUGUAGCAAUAAUUUCAUGUCCGACGUAGGUCACUUUACCGUGGAGGGAUAUAAACUUUUGCAGCCAGUGUAGAGGCCGACAUCUCAUAAUGCUGACCGAACCGCAUGUAGGCCCUAGUAUUAUGCCGCCUUUUUUUGUAAAACCAUUGCGUGUUAUAUCAAACAUUGAUGAGGGUAUGAAUAUGAAUAUUUGCUUGAGAUUUUGGAAAGUGGCGACUGCUUUGUGCAGCUCGAAUAACAAUUUCAACUUUGAAUGGGAGUAGUUUUAUCCGACAUGAAGGUUAGACUUCUACCUGCUAGUUACUUUACUGGAGAUCCAACGUGCAGAACUAUCCGGUCCGGUUGGGAUGUCUAGCAUACUCUGGAUACGUUAGAGUCGAGACAAUUCGCGCGUUGUGAUCUCAGUUUACCAAUGGCAAACGGCACAAAAGCGUAAUUUGCCAUCUUCCACAUGAAUGUGACAGGAUAAGCCCAUAGUAAUGAGGGCGUUCAAAUCGCGCUGGUGGCCAGCAUCUUGUUACUUAGGUCACUUACUUCGUAAAAUGUGUCCUUACACGACGGUGUGUCCGUUUCCAUUGCGUGACAGGGGGCGUCUGCGCGACCUAAAGUAUUCUUCUGAAACAAUGUUUGGUGUCCUGAAAACCGAGUGACAGGGACUUAAGGACCGUGGUGUCAUAUGUAGAAAUGUCUGGCCUUUGGAAGACACAGACGCCCUGAUUCAAAAAUUCAACAAUUCACACCCCUCGCUAACGUUCUCUGCAGAGUUUGAGGCAGACAAUGAAAUCGCGUUCCUCGACGUUCUUCUGCACAGACAAGAGGAUGGGUCUAUCCAACGUAGGGUAUUCUGAAAGAAAACCUGGACGGGACAAUACAUUAAUUUUCACAGUUUUUUUCCCCUAAAUAUUAAACGCAAUUUGGUCCAGGGAUUGGCAGCUAGAGUGCGACUUAUCUACUCUCCUGAGACUGUGGAGGCAGAACUCUAGCAGCUGCGAGAUACACUCCACGAAAACGGAUACCCAGAAAGAUUUAUCCUCGGAAAUAUAGGGGAGCGCACUGUAAAGUCUACCAUGGCAACUGCAGAAAAGAAGGACUUAUUUAUAAGACUGCCUUUUCAAGGGGACGCAGCAAGUGACCUAGUAAGAAGACGUCUGAAGACAGCGAUCACUAGCGCUUUCCCCGUGGCGAACUUACGUGUACGUUUCACUAACUCUCCCCUCCUACUCUUGGGAGGUAAGGACCGACUCCCGUUGCAGGCCACAUCGAUGUGUAUUUAUUCAUUCACUUGCUCCUGUGAAGCGGGAUACAUUGGCCGUACAUCGAGGCGCUUGGAAAAGAGAGUACGUGAACACACACCGGCCUGGCUAGGCAGAGGUGAAAAGAAAUCGAUCUCGAGUUCUAUUCUCGCUUAUCUUGUCGAUACGAAUCACCGAGUCGAUGCCAAAGAGGCCUUUCAGAUUGUCUACCGGACACCAGCAAGCUUCUCCAGAGGCCUAGGCCAACGGGUGUUAGCUACAGCCGAGGCAGUGGCUAUACGGCUAGCCAAUCCAGUGCUAUGCUGUCAGAAGACUCUGACACAGGCGCUCUGCCUUCCUUGGUCAACGCCGACCCCAACGUCGCCCCAACCUCCUGAUGGCAGGGUGUGUGCACAACGUACCCGACGUACUCACAACCUAUGCCCCCCUCUCACUCGCCCCCUGGACCCAAUGACCACGACACGCCGAUCACGCCAUAGCACGUCUCGUCAUGCGAGUGGCGUGGGAACGAUGGAUGUUAAUUGUCCCCGAAUCACUUAUAAGUCAUGUAAUUCGCAUAACUUAAACUUCUAUGUAACCGUUUUGGCUUGAUGAAGGGUUACUGAAAACACAUGUUGGCCAAUUUGGCUUUUAAAAGUCGCAACUUGCCGCAAGAUUAUUAGCACCCAGCAUUUUGAACUAUUUCUUUUGACUUUCCUCCGUCUUUUAGGUGCUCGGGCCCAAUGUCCUCCAUACCUCUUCCGAUAUUUAAGAGUGUUAUUUGUGAUCCCUGUGUUGUUGGUACGUCCGCUGAUUUGUCACCCGAUUUGCAGACUUCCUUACAAGAAACGUCGCCACUAUUCGUUCGUUGCUCCCCACGUGGUCUCCUGAUAAUCCUGACCUAUCCCUUAUUCGUGCUUUAACCUACAAGUUCAGAAAUCAACAGCGUCAUUUCCCUUACUUCCUCUCUCUCUGCCACGUACCUUCUUCACUCAGUCACACCCAGCCCCUAAUAGGUAGAACGACGGCUGCGCAAGGUCUUUCAUGGCUCCUCGCUUCUUGGCAUCGACUUAUUUCUGCAGAAGUUCGGACAAUUAACAUGCCCAAAUCGAAAUUGUUUGGAUUAUCUUCUCCUGUCACUCUUAAACUGGCGUCAGGAAUUAAAGACAACACGAAGGGUGGCUGUGACUUGCUGGAAGUAAAUAGGUCUUCGCUUAAUGUUGAGGUUAACUUUUAGAUUAUGUGAACGUCAGAUGCUUACUGGACACUUUGUCAAACUUCUGAUGGUGGUUAUGACCAUCAUCGCUCGUAUUCUGUAGACCUGACUUUUGUUGUUAUUCACAAUAUUGAUUUAGCAUAAUGAGUGAAAAGUCCAUCGCGAUUACUGCAAAUACCUACAACUCUCUGUACGCGAUGCGUGAAAGAAUCCCUGUACCAACGUCUUUGGUUAGUUAUUGCCUUAUCUUCCUCGUAUAAUGCCUGUCAUUUAGGCCAGUUAUUUGGAUGGUUUGCCUACCCAAAUAGCAGCCGACGUUCUGAUAAAGCUGAACCCGAAUUGCACAGCAUUUAUGAAUUUAAGGUUAGUUUGCUUUUUUACUAAUUUCGUCUCGACAGAGACAAUUCUGUGAACGGUGGCUCGAGCACCACUGUUACGGAUUCCCCACUCCCUCACAUGCAGGCUCCCUCAAGUUCUGAAAUUUCGGUCAAGCAGACAGGAUUCUCGCCCGCAACGCCUCUCAAAGCCACUUUUCCACCGAUGACCCAAUCCAAGGUAGGACAGCUUCGUUCAUCAUUCAGUCCUCAUGCAGAUAUUAAAAACCCCUGGUAAUGCGGACGCAAGACAAACUAAGUCCUGGAGCGCGCGACAAGAUCGGGCAGAAUUGUAUGUUUGUGUUCCGUCCUGUUUUACUUUGCUUUUAGGUUAGGCAUUCUUCGCAGGACGAAAAACAAGUCACGAAAUACGCCAGACCUUCUGGAUAUGUUGCUUCGUUAG